CCACGAUUGAAGAAGUGGUUGUAGUGUGGGCUGAACAUGAACAUGAACAUGAACAUGAACUUGAUUUUGAGUUUGAGUUUUGUGUUGCUGUUUUUACUCGCACAUGGUUCAUCUGGCUUUGAUAAUGUGUCGGUGCUUGUGAUGGAGGGAGAUUCGGUCACUCUAAACACUAAUGUUGAAACAGACAAACAAGAAUACAUAAAAUGGUAUGUUAAUGACACCCGCAUCGCUGAUAUAAUUGGAGAUCUCAGUUAUUUCUGUACAGAUGUUCAGUGUAAUGAAGGAACUGAGAAAUUCAGGGACAGACUGAAGCUGGAUCAUCAGACUGGAUCUCUGACCAUCAUGAACAUAAGAACCACAGACUCUGGACUCUAUGAAUUAAAGAUCAUCAGCAGCAGAAAUAGUGAAAAGACUUUUAAUGUUACUGUUCAUGGAGUUCCUGCUGCUGAAGGAGAUGAAAUUAAGAGAAAAUCGGUGAAGGAGGGAGAAUCUUUUGUUUUAAAUCCUGGUGUAACAAACUCAAAUUAUAUGAUGUGGUUUUUUAAUAACACAUUUGUUGCUGAAAUCAUUGGAAAUCCAAGUAAGAUCUGUACAGUUCAGAAUGAAGAAAGAUUCAGAGACAGACUGAGGCUGGAUCAUCAGACUGGAUCUCUGACCAUCACAAACAUCAGAACCACAGAUGCUGGAGAUUAUCAAAUACAGAUGAGCAGCAGCAGAUUCAACAUAAAAAGGGGCUUCAGUGUUUCUGUCACUGAUUUAAGUCUGUCUUCAGCUUCAGUAGGAGGAAUAUGUGUUGGUGUCCUGCUGCCUGUGGCUGCAACUGCUUCUGUGUUUUUUGUUUGCAGCAAAUAAAGAAAGAUACACCAGGAUGCAGCACAAUGAUCAGUGGGCGGAGCAUCGAGUGUGAGCGUUUGG